ACAUUUUUUAAAAGCCAAACUGCAAACAACUCUGGCGAUGCCAAAAUUCCCCUCCAAGUGACACGGCUUUGCGAAGGAGGUUUCCUCAGGCUGGGCUCCUUAUUCGCUCUGCCUUCAUCAACGACGAUUAAAGGCUUUGCUCUGGCAAUAGGAAUUUAGAAAAAAAGAAAAAGCUGCGCUAAACUCUAUCGUGACCAUCAAACUCUUCGGACUGGUUUUUUAAAAAAAUAUAUAUCGAAAGAGAAACCAUCCUAAAAGAGAUUCAGCAUAGGAGGAGAUGGAAGUUUUCCCCUUGCUCUUGGUUUUGUCCGUCUGGUGGUCUCGAACCUGGGACUUGGCGAAUGCGGAUUCAAUCAUUCACAUCGGAGCAAUUUUUGAUGAAUCUGCCAAAAAGGAUGAUGAGGUGUUUCGCACAGCAGUUGGUGACCUCAACCAGAAUGAGGAGAUUUUACAGACUGAGAAAAUCACAUUUUCGGUGACUUUUGUUGAUGGAAGCAACCCUUUUCAAGCCGUUCAAGAAGCCUGUGAACUUAUGAAUCAAGGCAUCUUGGCCCUGGUCAGCUCCAUUGGCUGCACGUCAGCAGGGUCCCUCCAGUCGCUGGCAGAUGCCAUGCAUAUCCCCCACCUCUUCAUACAGCGCUCAACAGCUGGGACCCCAAGGAGUGGCUGUGGACUCACCAGGAGCAACAGGAAUGAUGACUACACUCUCUCUGUUCGCCCACCUGUCUACUUAAAUGACGUUAUCCUGAGAGUGGUCACAGAAUAUGCCUGGCAGAAACUCAUUAUAUUCUAUGAUAGUGAAUAUGAUAUCCGUGGAAUACAGGAGUUUUUGGACAAGGUGUCUCAGCAGGGAAUGGAUGUUGCAUUGCAGAAAGUAGAAAACAACAUCAAUAAAAUGAUCACCACUCUCUUUGACACCUUGAGAAUAGAGGAAUUGAAUCGCUAUCGAGACACUCUUAGGCGAGCCAUCCUUGUUAUGAAUCCUGCUACAGCCAAAUCUUUCAUUAGUGAGGUUGUGGAGACUAAUUUGGUUGCUUUUGACUGUCACUGGAUCAUUAUAAAUGAGGAAAUAAAUGAUGUGGAUGUUCAGGAACUUGUAAGAAGGUCAAUUGGAAGGUUAACAAUCAUCCGGCAGACAUUUCCAGUCCCCCAGAACAUAAGUCAGCGAUGUUUCCGUGGCAACCAUCGAAUAUCUUCAACGUUGUGUGAUCCAAAGGAUCCAUUUGCUCAGAAUAUGGAGAUUUCAAACCUUUACAUAUAUGACACGGUGCUUUUGCUUGCUAAUGCUUUUCAUAAGAAACUGGAGGACCGAAAAUGGCACAGCAUGGCCAGUUUGUCGUGUAUCAGAAAGAACUCCAAGCCUUGGCAGGGAGGGCGUUCCAUGCUGGAGACCAUCAAGAAGGGUGGAGUCAGUGGGUUGACUGGAGAAUUAGAAUUUGGAGAGAAUGGAGGAAAUCCCAAUGUCCAUUUUGAAAUCCUUGGAACCAACUAUGGAGAGGAACUUGGCCGAGGUAUUCGCAAGCUUGGGUGCUGGAAUCCUGUCACAGGGCUGAAUGGGUCACUGACUGACAAGAAACUAGAGAAUAACAUGCGUGGAGUGGUUCUACGUGUGGUGACCGUUCUGGAAGAACCUUUUGUAAUGGUCUCUGAAAAUGUCUUGGGUAAGCCGAAGAAGUACCAAGGCUUCUCCAUUGAUGUUUUGGAUGCCUUAUCUAACUACCUGGGUUUUAACUAUGAAAUUUAUGUUGCACCGGAUCACAAGUAUGGAAGCCCACAAGAAGAUGGGACAUGGAAUGGCUUGGUAGGAGAACUAGUCUUUAAGAGAGCCGACAUAGGGAUUUCUGCUUUAACCAUCACCCCGGAUCGUGAGAAUGUGGUGGACUUUACAACACGCUAUAUGGACUACUCAGUGGGAGUACUACUUCGAAGGGCUGAAAAGACAGUGGAUAUGUUUGCCUGUCUUGCACCAUUUGAUCUGUCUCUAUGGGCUUGCAUCGCUGGCACUGUUCUUCUGGUGGGUCUUCUGGUCUAUCUCCUGAAUUGGCUUAAUCCUCCACGAUUACAAAUGGGAUCAAUGACUUCUACUACUCUCUACAACUCUAUGUGGUUUGUGUAUGGAUCCUUUGUACAGCAAGGUGGAGAGGUCCCAUACACAACUCUGGCUACUCGAAUGAUGAUGGGGGCUUGGUGGCUAUUUGCACUGAUUGUCAUCUCAUCUUACACAGCAAACCUUGCUGCUUUCCUCACUAUUACCCGCAUAGAAAGCUCCAUCCAAUCUCUCCAGGACCUCUCCAAGCAAACGGACAUCCCUUAUGGCACAGUACUGGACUCUGCAGUAUAUGAACAUGUCCGCAUGAAGGGAAUGAAUCCUUUUGAAAGGGAUAGCAUGUAUUCCCAAAUGUGGCGGAUGAUCAACAGAAGCAAUGGAUCAGAGAAUAACGUUCUGGAAUCCCAAGCAGGCAUUCAAAAGGUAAAAUAUGGAAAUUAUGCUUUUGUGUGGGAUGCAGCCGUGUUGGAAUACGUGGCUAUCAAUGAUCCAGAUUGCUCAUUUUACACCAUCGGGAACACGGUUGCUGAUCGAGGAUAUGGAAUCGCACUGCAACAUGGCAGUCCUUACAGGGAUGUUUUUUCACAAAGGAUCCUGGAGCUUCAGCAGAACGGUGACAUGGACAUCCUGAAGCACAAAUGGUGGCCAAAGAAUGGCCAGUGUGACCUGUACUCCUCAGUGGACACAAAGCAGAAAGGAGGUGCCCUGGACAUAAAGAGCUUUGCAGGAGUCUUUUGUAUCCUGGCGGCUGGAAUUGUCCUCUCCUGCUUUAUAGCCAUGCUGGAGACGUGGUGGAACAAGAGGAAAGGCUCCCGGGUCCCAUCGAAAGAGGAUGACAAGGAAAUUGACCUGGAGCACCUCCAUAGACGUGUAAAUAGCUUGUGCACAGAUGACGACAGCCCCCAUAAACAGUUUUCCACCUCGUCAAUUGACUUGACCCCUCUGGACAUUGACACUUUGCCAACACGACAAGCACUGGAGCAAAUCAGUGAUUUCAGGAACACUCAUAUCACCACAACAACCUUUAUCCCAGAGCAGAUCCAGACUCUUAGCCGCACACUAUCAGCUAAAGCUGCCUCUGGUUUCGCCUUUGGCAACGUGCCCGAGCACCGAACUGGCCCUUUUAGGCACAGGGCACCUAAUGGGGGCUUUUUCAGGAGUCCUAUAAAAACAAUGUCAUCUAUUCCUUAUCAACCAACUCCUACCCUGGGGCUCAAUCUGGGUAAUGACCCAGACCGAGGCACCUCCAUAUGAGCAUCCAUCAAAAGCUCUUCACUGUUUCUUUCGUAGGACUCCCUGUGCAAGGAGCAACUGUAAUAUUGUGGGACUAACAUGGAUGUAACAUUUAAAAAAAAAAAUCAGGAUUAUUAGUAACAAUUCUAGUUUCUUCUCUCCACCUUCUCCCUCUUCUCUCUCUCUCUCUUCUAUUUCUUUCUCUUUUUCCCUUUCUUUCUGUACAUGUCCCUCCACUUUUUUUCAUUACUCAACUUGUUCCCCCAGAAUAUAGUGUACUAGGAUCCUAUUAGUCCGCUUUUCAUAUACUGUACUUCAAGUAUAGGAAAUGUGCACUGAGUAUACUAAAAGUAUAUGCAGGAUUAAUUUUACAGAAAGGCCUCUUACAUAACAUUUCUCUAUUUUUAAAACUAUAAUUGCAAUAACGUCAGUCUUUUUACAUUCUUCUGCUGCAUCCAUACAGCGCUCCACUGCUGUUGAGUGUCCUUUAACUGUGGACCAAAGGCAACCCCUGCAGUGUUUAUAAGAUAACUUCAAGACCAUUCAGGCCACAUAAUAUGAGAAUGCAAUUUUGUAGGAUUACAAAAAAAGCCAUUAAUAUGCCAGUCAAGACGACAGUUAAAUCUACUCUUGCACUGCAACAGUGCAUAUGACCUUUAUGUGAUUGUACAGUAUUAAAAGUUUGUUCUUAUGUACAGUAAACUUUAUCAUAUGGCAGAAGCCUCUAUUGUGUUAAAUAAAUUAGUAGCUCAUCUAUAUAUACAUAUAUAUGCACUUAUAUAAUGUGUAUAUAUAUAUUGAAGGGCGGCCAUUGCUAUUGCAAUUCAUUUAAUAAAGCUUUAGUUUAAAAAAAAAAGCAUUGUAUACAGGAACUAUGUAUAGGGCAGGGGGUCUUUUCAGUCAGAAAAGGCAGGUUGCUUUAAUGUUCUUCUGACUCGCAUCGUUUGCCAACAGAGAAUAUUUUAUACUUUUGUUAUUAAAACAUCCAGGGCGAUUUAAUAUUUGUUCCUAGAUGUAACUCCUUUGAGUAGGUUUUGCAUUUGUUACUCAGCAGUGUAUAAAGCUAACCUUGAUCAUUUUACUUUUAAUGAAUUAUCUAAGUGGAAAAUGCUAUCAGCCGGACCACGUCCACAGCAGCACAUAGAGUGAGCCCUAGAAGAGUUGAAACGUAGAUCGUUGAAGGUUAAUAAAUUCUCUUCCAAAGCAGAAAGCCAAUCGAUACAACUGUAGUUGGGGAGAGGUGUGAGCCCUUAAGAAAUAUUGAUGUGGCCUUAAUUACUGUCCUACAUUACCCUAAAGAAGAAAAUGUUAUGACCAUACUGGGCUCUUGACUUAACCCUCCCCACCUUUUUAUUCAGUUCUAUUUGGAGGAGUUAUGUAUUUUUUACAUUUGUGCCAAGUGUAUAGGAGGGUGACAGCAAACACGGUGGCUCUUUGUGCACAACCCUUUUAAAGUAGCAUUCUUACCUAUUAGAAAUAGAGAAUGAACUUUGUUUGUAACCCUUACAUUAAAAUGUGGUAAGUAGGAAGCAAGAACUUAUCCUGUGUUUUCACGCAGCCAUACACUUAUUUUAAUCUAAUUCAUUCCAUAGCUAGGAUUGAUAUAGGAAUCAACCUAUGUGAUUUGCUUUAGGAGAAAUUAAAAGGUAUAUUCUUAAGGUAUAUUAUAUUUUGAUGCUAAUUCUGUUCUGGGGAGCAUCUUGUACUGUCACUGUUUUUGUACUAAAUCUUCAAAUAUUGUCUACUGUGUAAGGCAGAAAAUUUUCUUAUCAUACAAAAACCAUUUUGUUUCCAGGGUAACAAGUACCUAAGUGCAUGCACGACUUGUUUUCCCUUGUAACACUCAUGAUCUCAUUCACAACUCUGAUUUUAAAACAAAAAAAAAAAAAAAUUCUUUACAACAAGCUAUAUAGGGACAUACCAGAUGUUGCCGUGAUUUUAGCUAUCAACAAACUGUUAACCAUGUACAAUAUUUAAAAUAGGCCUAUUUUGAUGUAUUGCCUAUUAUAAAAUACACAAAACACUUUUUGGAGGCCUCAGUUAUGAGUGGCAGAGCUUUCUGUGUAUAAUUUGUCUAAAUAAUUUGUCUAAUAAAAAUGUUUUCUAAACUUGCUCUCAU